CAAAUCUCUCUGCUUAUGUUUCCAGCUAGAUUGAAUAAAGAUUUUAUUAUAAGAGUUUUAUGGCGAAGACCCAGCUCCAGGAAUUCCAGUGGACCAGAACCAUCCGGUGAUGAGGAAGGAAGAGACACAGAAAUGAUGCAGCAGGACACAGCUCCAGUUCCUGAACCAUCACAGGAAACCAAACAGCCUAUGGAGUGUUUCUUGACACAACCGAAGGAAACAAAAGAGGAAACCCGGAAGACCAAGAAGUGGAAAAAGAAGAAAAUUUCUGAGAUUCUUGCAAAAUCAGAGCCCAAACCAGGGACUCCCGGAGACCUUCAGCAGCUCAUCAAGGACCAUUACAGUGGCAGUCGUUCCGUGAUUGAGUUGGAAGAGCUGAACCUACCAGACUCCUGUUUCCUGAAGGCCAAUGAUUUGACUCACAGUCUUUCUUCAUACCUAAAAGAAAUCUGUCCUAAGUGGGUAAAACUUCGGAAAACCCACAGCGAGAAGAAGUCUGUCCUGAUGCUGAUCAUGUGCAGCUCAGCUGUCCGAGCCCUGGAGCUCAUCAGGUCACUGACAGCAUUCAAAGGAGAUGCCAAAGUUAUGAAAUUAUUUGCAAAACACAUAAAGGUCCGAGAGCAGGUAAAGUUCCUGGAGAAUCGUGUGAUACACCUGGGUGUGGGAACUCCAGGGAGAAUCAAAGAACUUGUUAAACAAGAUGGCCUUAAUUUGAACCCCUUAAAGUUUCUGGUUUUCGACUGGAACUGGAGAGAUCAGAAACUAAGGAGAAUGAUGGACAUUCCUGAGAUAAGAAAGGAAGUGUUUGAGCUUCUAGAUAUGGGAGUGUUUAGCCUCUGCAAGUCAGAGUCCUUGAAGCUGGGCCUUUUCUAAGCCUGGGUCCUGAUGAAGUGUCCAGUUGCCACCAUGCUGCAAGUGCUCAGUAGCUACCUCCUGUGAUGUAAUUAUAUUAAGUGCGUCACCCAGUGGAUCAUUGGGAGUGCUGCGUGCAGAUUCUUUGACAGCUGCGAAUGUGUCCUUUGGCUAAUGCCUUCAUUCAAUAAAGAAGCUCUGCCUUGUGUA